AUGGGCUUGAAUAGAUGGCAAGUCUCCAUUCUCAAGAAAGUCGACCCUCCGCCCAAAAUCGCUGGCACGCCCCGCAUUCCGCGGGUGGCAAAAGACAAAGAAACCUCAGACGGCGAGGAGACUCUAAGUUCCGACUUCGACUCUGACCGUGAUUCGGAUUUCAUCGAUCCAAGUGAGGACGGCUUGGAAGACGAAGAAGAUGUAGUCAUGGCGAUGGAUAGCGAGUCCGAGCAAUCAGACGGCAAUCGUCUUCAGGGUAUGCAUGAAAUCCCCAAAGAUGGGGUCCCUGAAGAGGAAUCGAACUUACGCUCGGCGGAAGGUGAUCAUCGACCGGAUCUGAUCUAG